CUGCAUUACGCGGCUCAGUCUCGCUCGCCCGGCGGACGAGAAACCUACGAAUAUCUCGAUAGAGUUGGCGGUCAAGCAGACACUGAAGACUACAACGGCGUUACCGCAGAGGAAUACUUGAACGCGGCCGACGACGACGAAGAAGAAGAAGAACCGCCACCCGCACCCAAACCUGCGCCGCGUAAGUCAUCAAUAAACGCUCAAAUGAAUGGAAACCAUACACUGCCGAGGAAAGGUUCCAAAGAACCAACUCCACUGAAUUCCCGAAAGAAUUCUUUGAGUGAUCCCAAGGCGAAUUCACGGGCUGGCUCCAAGAAUAAUUCACCCGCUAAUUCAAAACCCAAUUCGCGUGCGGCUUCGCCGGCAAAUUCUCGUGCAAAUUCCAGGAACAACUCCCGGGAACGGAAAUCAACACCCACGCUGUCCAAAACUAAUAAGCGGAAACCUACACACGCGGAAGCCGACGCUGAAGUUGAGGCGGAUGUCCAGAAACAAAUUAAACACGCAGAGUCCGGCGACUUUGAAGGCAUAACGGACAUGAUACUCAGGGGCGAUGGACACUUGCUCGUUGGCCGCGGCUCAAAAGAUGAAGAAACACAGCAAUUCUUGGACAGAAUUCCGUCGUUGCUGGAGAACGUGGAAGACAUACACGCGGCAGCGGAGGCGGGCGAGACCCGUAGAGUGCAGACCCUUAUCGACAGGAGGAAGAAGGCGUCCGUGCGCGACACCAACCACUGCAAUAUCCUGCACAAGGCCGUCCUGCACGGCCAUUCCGACCUGGUGCGUCACUUGGUACAGUCAUACCCAGAGCUGCUGGACCAGCAGGACAGAGCAGGCAGAACGCCCCUGCACUACGCUGCGGUGCUACGCGACGGCGGCCACACCUACAAGAUCCUUGACAAGGCCGGCGCUGACGCCUCCUUAGAGGACAAGGACGGUUUGACGGCAGCGAAGUAUGUGGAGAACCCAGACUCCAUAACUGAGAAGGAACUAAGAGCUGAGCUGAAGGAAGGUAUUCCUUUGACGGACGAUGAGUCACCUCCUCGCAAACACCGCGACGCUUUCACCGACGCCCGCCAUGACACCAAAGACACUGACGUCACAUAUUACGGCAGUGAAGAAGAAGGCAUGGAGAAGGUCGAUUCCCGAACCUUGGGCUUGAUCGAGAAAGCUUAUGCGAGUCUCAAAGCUGAAAAUUCGCAGUCGUUGCUGAAGAAACAUCUCACAUUGGAAAUAUUUGAAAAGAUCAAGCAUCGCAUCACCAACAAUGGUGGAACUUUACUUGAUGUCAUCAAAUCUGGAGUCACGAAUCCUACUUCAAGUGUUGGAGUGUAUGCCCCCGACGCAGAGAGCUAUACUCUGUUUAAAGAUCUGUUCGAUCCGAUCAUUGAGGAAUACCAUGAAGUGCAAGGUCCCAAAAUCCAACAUCCGCCUCAGAAUUUUGGCAGUGCUUACUCGCUGGGGAACUUCGACGAUUUUGGGCAGUAUGUAGUUUCGACAAGAGUUAGGUGUGCCAGAAACCUAGAAGGAUAUCCCUUUAACCCUCUGCUCACUCGAGACCAGUACGAGGAAAUAGAACAAGAUAUUGUGAAUGCUCUGGACUCGCUGGAUGACGACUUGGCUGGCUAUUAUAAACCUUUAAACAGCUUCACGGAUGAAGAAAACGCCAAACUUGUUGCAAGUCAUCUUCUCUUCAAGUCAGGUGAUCCAUUUCUGGAGGCGGCAAAUGCCUGCCGAUUUUGGCCAAACGGUCGCGGAAUCUUUCUGAACUCAGACGCGUCUUUAGUUGUGUGGGUGAACGAAGAAGACCAGAUGAGGAUUAUUUCAAUGCAAAGCGGAGGAGAUCUCGCCGUGGUUUAUGAUCGUUUCGUCCGAGCUGUCACAGCGCUCGGAGAUAUAUUACCGUUUUCACAUUCCAGCAAGCUGGGAUAUUUAAGCUUCUGCCCCACAAAUCUCGGUACCGCAGUGCGAGCUUCCGUUCACAUCAAACUGCCAAACUUGAUGAAGAAUUCCAGCUUACUCGAAGAAACUGCUGAUAAAUUUAAUUUACAGGUUCGAGGAAGUCAAGGAGAACACUCAGAGGUUGAAGGCGGUGUUUUUGACAUCUCGAAUAGGAGGCGAUUAGGCUUGACCGAAAUCGAUGCAAUGGUGGAAAUGUAUCAUGGUGUGUCGGCUAUCAUUUCUAUGGAGCAGCAGCUUGAAGAAGCUAUCAAGCGCAAACGUGAGAAAUCUUUACGUUGAAUCGCUUAGACUGUAUUUAUUUGUUCGACUGUGGUCUAUGGAUUAAAAGACACCUAAGUGUAAGAAGGUCCUUCAACUUUUUUAUAGCAUUCAAUAUAAAUGAAACAGUUCUAAAACUUGCAUUUCAUUGCACUCUGUUUGUUGUAUUUCAUCUAUUUAUAUUGUGUUUCAUGAAAUUCUACGAAUAGCUUAUAGACCAGCUUAUAGCUUAUAGGCCACCAUCAGAGGCGUUAAGGUCGGGGCCCUGAUCAUUGACAUG